CCGCGCUGGCCGCAUCAUCUCCUCCCUCUCACAGCCGAGCGGGUCUCCGAGUCUCUGUCCUCCAGCUCCAGCUGUAUGUCUGCAAGGGCUGCUCUGCGCCGGUGGGGAUAUAUCGUUACCGAUGCUCUCCAUCUAACGUGAAAAUUUCAUACAACUGUUUUAAAUACCGGCCGAAGCAAUGGGAGCUUUCGGAGUGAUAAUGGGGCUUUUACAGUACGCGGGACUUUACAUUCAACUUAACGCAGCUCUCAACGACGGACACGGAGAGGUGGAUAAUCACAUCUCUGGGAACGCACUGUUUACAGAGGUCCCACACGACAUCACGACACACAGUGGUGAGGAUGUAGAGAUGGCCUGUUCCUUCCGUGGAGCGGGCUCUCCCUCCUACUCCCUGGAGAUCCAGUGGUGGUAUAUCAAGGACUAUAGAGAGUGGCAAGAGAAGUCUCCCUAUAUCACUAAUAAUGUCGUACCCUUGGAGGAGACUGUCAGAGAUGCCACUAAAAUUAGUGUGGUGAAAGUGGCCGGUAGUAACAUCUCCCACAAACUCCGUCUCUCCAGCGUCAAACCAACAGACGAGGGCACGUACGAGUGCCGCGUGAUCGACUACAGCGGUGCUGUGGCGCAGCACCACCGUGUCCGGGCCUACCUCCAGGUGAAGCCCGAGAGGAGUCAGGGAUCAGAGGGUGCCCAGUAUAAGUCGCAGGGCAGUCACCCACACUUGCCCCAUCAAUCUGACUGUGACGAGACCUGUGUGCUUUAAAACGAGCCAUGUGCCCGGCACUUUGCAUGUUCAUGACUUCACUCUGUAAAGAGGGACACUCAUCAGCACACUAAUUUAUCACACGGCUGAGACCCUUUGUGUUUCAUGGUUUGAUUGUUCAUCUUUAAUAUUGUUAUUUGAAUUCCAUUGCUGCUCAGCGCCAGUGGAGUGGGCAUGGUUUUGCUGACAGUACAUCUGAUUGACUUAAUUAAGACUUGCAUUAAGACUUGCAUUAAGUUUACCAUAAUGUGACAGUAAGGCUGUAAUGACAAAGAAGAAGUUUUAUGUUAUUAUUGUAGGCCCAAGAUACAGACAGACGAUGCAGUGUGCCACUUCUAUUGUCUUUUACCAAAACGUGUGCUGAAAGCUGCAGUAUUCAGUACAAAUGCUUUGUAAGAAAAACUGAAUAAUUUUACACUUUUUUCAUUAUCUGAAAACUUUUCCGUGCAUUGGUUUUAAAUUGUGUAGUCCUUGUUUUUUGGCGCCUUAAAGGCAAAGUGUAUAUUUAGCUUUCUAACCCAUAACUAGUAUGUCUGUAACAAUGCAAGUGUACGCCCUCGUCACAUCGAGAUAAGAUAUCUGUUCUUGUGUAUUCACUUAUUUGCACUGUAUACUUUUAUUGUUUCACAAAGUUACUCAGUGCCAAUCAAAGAAAUAUUACAACCUCAGCUAGUACGUAAAUCACACUAAAAUCUUGCCCUAGUUUUCUGAACAAAGAUACCCUUUGUUUUGUUUUUUCCCCAAAUCACUCCUUGACUGUGUUUGCCCCGUUGCUACUGUUGUGUUAAAUGCUUUCAUUUUAAAUUAUAAAUUUGA